AUGAAGAUAGCACUGGUCCUGGGCUGCCUGCUGGCCGCCGCCCACGCCGGGCUGCUGCCCCACGCGCCGCCGCCACCGCCGCCGCCGCCGCCGCAGCACGAGAUCAUCUACGACUACGUGGCGCCGGCCAGCUACCGCUUCGACUACGCGGUGCGCGACGGCCACACGGGCGACGCCAAGACGCAGUGGGAGCACCGCGACGGCGACACCGUGCGCGGCGCCUACUCCCUCGUCGACGCCGACGGCACGACGCGCAUCGUCGAGUACACCGCCGACCCGCACAACGGCUUCCGCGCCGAGGUCAAGCGCCUGGGACACCCCGCGCCGCCGCCCCCGCAGCCAAAGGAGUCAUACAAGAGUGGCACAUCGAAGGUGCUGGCACCCAACCCAGACACAUGCGGCAUUUCUGGAGCUGCUACACUUGCAUGA